CAUUUCGCUUGCUCACUCGAUCCGCUUCCCUGCUUCCGCUCCGCUCCGCUCUGCUCUGCUUCGGGUCGUCGCCGGCGGGAGCAGAGCACACCCACCCCGCGCGGAGCGAUGUCAUCGGCCGCGGCCGCGGCUGCCAUGGCCUUCGUCGGCUGCGACGAGCUCAGCGUCGAGCUCGCCGCCUCCUUCCUUCGCUCCGGCGCCUGCGUCCGCUGCUUCGUCCCCGACCCCGAGGCGGCGGACCAGUCGGCGUCGGCGGCGCUCGCGGAGUUGAGCGGCUUGCUCCGGUGCGCGAGCCCCGCGGAAGCGGCCCGAGAUUCCGAGCUGGUGAUCGUGCUGACCGACGCGGAUGGGGUUGAUGAGCUGUUCUUCGGAGUUGAGGGUAUAGCGGAAGGUUUGAGCCAGGGUGCUGUUGUAUUGAUUCGGUCGACACUGCUUCCUAGCCAGCUGGAGAAGCUGGAUCAGAAACUUGCAGAUGAAAAGAAGGAUGUCCUUCUUCUUGAUGGGUACAUUUUCAGUGGUCUUUCCGAUGAAUUGAAGCAACAUAUUGUUGUUGUAGCAUCUGGGAGACAGGAUGUAGCAGAAAGAGCAAGACAGUUUUUCAAUGGUCUAGACAAAACCAUUUACUUUGCUGAAGGUGAAUUUUGCACUAGCAGCAAAAUUAGGCUAGUGAAUGAUUUGCUGGAGAGCAUUCAUUUUAUUGCAUCUGUUGAAGCAAUGUAUCUUGGUGUUCGAGCUGGGAUUCAUCCAUCUAUUAUCUAUGACAUAAUAUCAAAUGCUGCUGGAAGCUCAAGGAUAUUUGUGGAGUUAGUUCCUAAACUUCUGACUGAGGAUCCUUUGCUUAUUGACUUUUUAAACUCGUCAAAGAAAAGUGCAAGCUAUGUGAUGGAUAUGGCUAAAGCAGUAACGUUUCCACUGCCACUUCUGGGUGUUGCUUAUCAACAAUUGAUACAUGGUUCUUCAGCAGUAAUUGGAGAUGGAUCUGCCUCACCCCUGAAGGUGUCUACAAGCCAACAAUGGCCAGGUUUGAAGAUUUAGGAGGAUCAACAAAAGGUUCUCCGGAGGAAGUAGCAAAAGAUGUGGAAAUACUUAUUAUCAUGGUUGCAAAUGAGUUUCAAGCUGAUAGUGUUCUUUAUGGAAAUGCUGGUGCUGUACCAGUGCUGUCAGCUGGAACAUCUGUCAUCCUAUCUUCUACAGUUUCUCCUGGAUUUGUGAUCCGCCUCAACAAGAGAUUAGAAGCUGAAUGCCGAGAUAUAAAGUUGGUUGAUGCUCCGGUAUCUGGUGGUGUCAAAAGGGCAGCAGAUGGGACACUAACUAUAAUGGCUUCAGGAACAGAUGAAGCUCUGCAUGGCACGGGUGCUGUUCUAUCAGCACUAAGUGAGAAAUUGUAUAUCAUCAAAGGAGGAUGUGGAGCUGCAAGCUCUGUUAAGAUGGUGAACCAACUUCUUGCUGGGGUUCAUAUAGCCUCAGCAGCUGAAGCCAUGGCAUUUGCUGCUCGACUAAAUUUGAGAACAAGAAGAGUUUUCGAAAUUAUGCAACACUCAAGAGGUUAUUCAUGGAUGUUUGGAAAUCGUGUGCCACACAUGCUCGAUAAUGAUUAUACACCCUAUUCUGCAGUGGAUAUAUUUGUCAAGGAUCUUGGUAUAGUAUCUUGUGAAAGUUCCAAUUCGAGGAUCCCAGUGCAUGUCUCUAAUAUUGCUCAUCAGCUAUUUAUUUCAGGAUCUGCUUCUGGGUGGGGCCGAUAUGAUGAUGCUGCUGUUGUCAAGGUCUAUGAGACAUUAACUGGUGUUAAAGUAGAAGGGAAGCCUCCCAUGCUUAGUAAAGAAGAUGUCCUUCGUUCUCUUCCUGCUGAAUGGCCAGAAGAUCCAAUGGAUGAUAUUGUUUCUAUUACAUCUUGUAGUAGCAAAAAGAUUCUUGUAGUUUUAGAUGAUGAUCCAACUGGGACGCAAACAGUACAUGAUAUAGAAGUUUUAACUGAAUGGCCUGUUGAAGCUCUUGUCGAACAGUUUCUGAAGCUACCAACUUGCUUUUUUAUUUUGACAAACUCCCGUUCAAUGACUGCUGAUAAGGUCAUGUUGCUAGUACAAACUAUCUGCAGAAAUCUCGAAGCUGCAGCAAAGAAUGUCCCUGGUGUUAGUUAUACAGUGGUCUUGAGAGGUGAUUCAACUCUACGUGGUCAUUUCCCAGAGGAAGUUGAUGCAGCUGUCUCAGUAUUAGGGGAGAUGGAUGCUUGGAUAAUCUGUCCAUUUUUCCUCCAAGGUGGACGAUACACUAUUAAUGACAUCCACUAUGUUGCAGACUCUGACAGAUUAAUACCUGCUGGUGAAACUGAGUUCGCCAAGGAUGCAACUUUUGGCUAUAAAUCCUCCAAUCUCAGACAGUGGGUUGAAGAGAAGACUAGAGGACGCGUUUCCGAGAAACAAUUAUCAACAAUUUCCAUAGAUCUCUUGCGUAAACAAGGACCAAAUGCAGUCUGUCAGCAGCUCUGUAGCUUGGAGAAGGGCUCUGUGUGCAUCGUCAAUGCUGCUAGUGAGAAGGACAUGGCCGUAUUUGCUUCUGGAAUGAUUCAGGCUGAAUUGAAAGGAAAGAAAUUUCUGUGCCGCACUGCUGCAAGUUUUGUAAGUGCAAGGAUUGGGAUCAAGCCAAAGCCACCUAUCUGUCCAAUUGACCUAGGCUUAAAAAGAGCUUUAACUGGAGGCCUCAUAGUUGUUGGUUCCUAUGUGCCAAAAACUACAAAGCAGGUUGAUGAGUUGCGGUCACAGUGUGGGUCAUCCCUUCGAGUAAUAGAGGUGUCUGUUGAGAUGGUUUCAAUGAAAUCAACGGAGGACAGAGACCAAGAAAUCAGCCGAGUUGUUGAACUAGGAAAUGCUUACAUACAAUCCAGAAAAGACACUCUAGUUGUCACCAGCCGCCAGCUCAUUACUGGAAAAACUCCUGAAGAAAGCUUAGAAAUUAAUUGUAAAGUGAGUUCAGCGCUAGUGGAGAUUGUGAAAAGGAUUGAUAGUAAACCUCAUUACAUCAUCGCAAAGGGAGGAAUCACGUCAUCUGAUAUUGCUACAAAAGCUUUGGAAGCUCGGCGUGCCAAAGUAAUGGGACAAGCAUUAGCUGGUGUACCAUUGUGGCAGCUUGGUCCUGAGAGUAGAUUCCCCGGUGUACCUUACAUUGUUUUUCCUGGUAAUGUUGGUGAUAACAGUGCUCUUGCUAAAGUGGUAAAAAAUUGGGCUUCCCCAUCUAGAAGUUCUACAAAAGAACUUCUUCUUAAUGCGGAGAAGGGUGGUUAUGCCAUUGGUGCCUUUAAUGUGUAUAACCUUGAAGGAGUUGAAGCCGUUGUUGCAGCAGCAGAGGCUGAAAAUAGUCCUGCAAUCCUGCAGAUUCAUCCCAGUGCUCUGAAGCAAGGUGGAGUCCCAUUGGUAGCGUCCUGCAUUGCUGCUGCAGAACAAUCCAGUGUGCCUAUAACUGUUCACUAUGAUCAUGGCACUUCCAAAUCAGACUUGCUUCAAGCUCUUGAGAUGGGAUUUGAUUCAGUCAUGGUUGAUGGUUCCCAUCUAACUUUAGGGGAGAACAUCUUAUACACAAAGAGCAUAUCUUCCUUGGCUCAUGCAAAAGGUUUACUUGUGGAAGCUGAAUUGGGUAGACUCUCAGGAUCUGAAGAUGGCUUGACAGUUGAAGAAUACGAAGCGAGAUUUACUGAUGUCGCUAAGGCUGAGGAAUUUAUUGAUGAGACAAGCAUUGAUGCUCUAGCAGUUUGCAUUGGAAAUGUUCAUGGAAAAUAUCCAUCGAGUGGACCAAAUCUCAGGCUUGACUUGCUAAAGGACCUUCGUGCAUUAACCUUAAAGAAAGGAGUUAGCUUGGUUCUCCACGGAGCAUCUGGUCUUCCUCAUGAGCUUGUACAGGAAUGCAUAAACUUGGGCGUGAGGAAAUUCAACGUGAACACUGAGGUCCGAAACAGCUACCUGGAGUCCCUUAAAAAGCCAGAAAAGGACCUCAUCCAAGUUAUGGCAUCUGCUAAAGAAGCAAUGAAAGCUGUCGUCGCAGAGAAGCUACACCUCUUUGGAUCAGCUGGGAAAGCCUGAACGCAGCAGACCCCACACAAAUAAGUGGCGCCGGCAACCCACACGACAGCUUCCUCUGUUUGGUACUAACGUUGUUCAGCCGCAGUACCUUCAAGCGAACUGCAGUUGGAGCCUAUGUAAUCUGAACUUCUGAAUUUGGGACAUUGGCUCAAGUGUUUCAUGGGAUAUUCUGUCAUUGUGCAUACCUGCUACUUCAUUGCAAGUUUGCAACAUGAUGCAGAUGGCACAAUCAAGGCCUUUAGUAAUAAUGUUUUGUGGCAAAAUGCUCCUUCGUUAAUAAAUGCUGGCGUGUUUAUUGCCGUUCAAUUGAUGCGUCUUUAUGCGCUCUUUCUUUUGGGAGCUUUCAAUAUACUGCAUUUGUCUUUUGUGCAAUGUAAUACUAUUCAAUA